AUGACCACCUUUGACGAGAUCUUGGAAGAAGCAGGGAAGUUCGGUCCCUAUCAGAGGCGUAUCUUUGUCAUGCUGUGCUUGUCGUCCAUUCCCUUUGCCGGCGUGUACGUCGGCAUCGUCUUCCAGGGUUUCACCCCGGAUCACUGGUGUCGGGACUCUGCGGUGGUGGAGAGGAGGCAGGCGUGCAGCUGGAGCCUGGCGGACAGCCGCAGGCUGACGGUGCCUGUGGUCAACGUCUCUGGAGGGCUGCAGCAGAGCAGCUGUGAGCAGUACGACGUGGACUGGAACACCACGACGCUCGGCUGUGACUCGCAGGAACUGGACCUCAGCAUAACUCCUACAACUGCCUGCAAAGAUGGCUGGGAGUACGACUAUAAGGGCAGACAGUCCUUUGUUACUGAGUUUGACCUGGUGUGUUCAGAUGCUUGGUUGGUGGAUAUGUACCAGGCCACACUCAAUGUGGGCUACCUGGUUGGGAGCAUCGCCAUUGGCUACCUGGCCGACAGGUUUGGCAGGAAAAUGAGCUUCCUGAUGUCCAACGUGAUGAAUGGGAUCGCAGGAAUCCUGGUGGCCGUGGCUCCAAACUACGUGUCUUUGCUGGUUUUCAGAACGCUCUACGGGUUCGGAGUGAAAGGAGGCUGGAUGUCCGGAUACGUGCUGAUCACAGAAAUCGUGGGGGUGGAGUACAGACGCACGGUGGGAGUCAUUUACCAGAUGUUCUUCAGUAUCGGCAUCCUCAUCCUCCCUCUGCUCGCCUACUUUAUCACUGACUGGCGCUGGCUGCAGGUGGUCAUCACCGUCCCCUACAUCCUCUUCCUGUCAUACUAUUGGUUUAUCCCAGAGUCUCCAAGAUGGCUUCUCUCUCAGAAGAAAAAGUCCAGAGCUGUGGAGAUUACUGAGGCCAUGGCCAAAGAAAACAAGAUGACCCUGUCCAAGAACAUUGAGACUUUGAGAGAUGAUAACGCAGAGUCCUGCACUGCCUCCUUCAUGGAUCUGAUCAGAACUCCAAAAAUGAGAAAACACACUUUCAUCCUCAGCUACAACUGGUUCACCAGUGCUGUGGUCUACCAGGGUUUGAUCAUGAGGCUGGGUAUUCUGGGAGGAAACGUCUACGUCGACUUCCUCGUCUCCGGCCUGGUGGAGUUCCCUGCUGCGCUCCUCAUCCUCGUCACCAUCGAACGAUUCGGCAGACGCAUUCCCUUUGCCUCCGCCAACAUUGUAGCCGGAGCCGCCUGCUUCAUCACCGCCUUCAUCCCUGACAGUAUGUUCUGGUUUAAGACGGCGGUGGCCUGCAUCGGUCGGCUGGGGAUCACCAUGGCCUUUGAGAUGGUGGUGUUUGUCAACACUGAACUCUAUCCAACGUUUGUCAGGAACCUGGGAGUGUCCGUUUGUUCCACUCUGUGUGAUGUUGGAGGCAUCAUAGCUCCCUUCCUGCUCUACAGACUGGCUGUCAUCUGGCUGGAGCUGCCACUCAUCAUCUUCGGCUUUUUGGCCUUCGUGGCCGGUGGUUUGGUGCUGCUGCUUCCUGAGACCAAGGGUGUUCCGCUGCCCGACACCAUCGAUGACAUCGAGUUCCCAGAAACAGUGAAGGAGAAAGCUGCACUGAGGAGCCAGCAGUUGGCAGACCUGCUGCCCAGCAACAGCAUAUCGACCAACAAAGAACCAGCAGCUGUUUAGUCUCCUUCUGUGACCAAAGUAUUUAUUUAUGUUGCAUUACCCUUGAAGAAUUUAGGCUUUAGACUAAACUGCUGUAAAGUUUCUUUGUUAAGCCUCGGUGAUGAGUGAUGACUUAUUCAA